AUGACUGAUUUGAGGGCGAUAUUUGCUCGCCUAAGUUUAUUUGAUGAUGGUAGUUUAUUAGCCAAGCUUCAGGUUAAGCCGUCAUGGAUUGAGCAGAUUAAGGGUAAGCAGUUUGAGGAUGAGUCAUUGGGUCUUCGGGUCCGACAGAUUGAGGGUGGUAGUACUACGAAUUUUGGACUAAACAGUGAUAGGGCCAUACUGAGAGAGGCGCAUAAUAGACCUUAUGCUAUGUAUCCUGGCGAAAAUAAGAUGUACCGAGACCUCCGUGAAAUAUAUUGGUGGCCAGGGUUGAAACGUGAGGAUACUAAUUUUGUGGACAGAUGUCUAACUUGCCAGUUGGUUAAGGCUGAGCAUCAGUUACCUUUGGGUUUGCUGCAGCCGGCUCUGGGUUCAAGGUUGGACUUCAGUACUGCAUUCUCUCCUGAGACUGAUGGUCAGUCUAAGAGGAUGAUUCAUAUACUGGAGGACAUGUUGAGGCACUUCCGCUCUGAUCCUACUCAUAUUGUCCCUGUUGAAGAGAUCGAGGUUAGGCCAGAUUUGACCUUUGAGGAAAAGCCAGUUCAUCUUCUGGAUCGUGACGUUAAGGUUCUAAGAAGGAAAUUCAUUCCAUUGGUAAAGGUUUUAUGGCGUAGUUAUAGCACUGAAGAGGCCAUGUGGGAGCUUGAGGAUGCGAUGUGUCAGCGGUGUCCUCAUUUUUUUGAUUAG